CAUCUUCAUUUAAAUAGAUUUUUUUUCUCUCUUUCCGGCUAUUGCCGAUGACGACUUCUGCUUCCGCCUCUGUGGACUCUGGUUCGCCCACCUCUCCGGACCUUGUUCGUAUGUCCGCAUCUAAACACUUUCCGAUAAAGCUAACCAAGACAAAUUUUCUUGUUUGGCGACGUCAAGUGCAAUCCACCCUUAUUGGUUUGAAUCUCCUUGGCUAUGUCGACGGCUCCGUCAAAGCUCCGCGUCCCUUCUUGGACAGUGCUCAUACACAAACUAACCCUGCUUAUACCCUUUGGUAUCGGCAGGACGCUAUCCUCCUCAGUGCAAUUCUAGGAAGUUGUACCGAUGUCGUUCAAUCCAUUGUCUCCCUUGCUGAUUCUUCUGCCGACGCUUGGUCCCGAUUGGCUAGGAGCCUUGCUAGCAUGUCUCGUGGCCGCAUCAUAUCUCUCAAAGCAAAGUUAGCAAAGAAUCCCUGUGGCAAUCGUACUAUUGCCGCCUUUGUCGCUGACAUGACGGAGAUCGCUGGUGAAUUAGCACUCGCCGACAGUCCCGUUUCUGAUGAGGACCUAGCAGUGCAUAUUAUGUCUCAACUUGGCGAUGAGUAUUCUACUAUUUAUCAAUCAUUGCGCGGGCGUAAUGAUUGUGUCUCCAUCGAAGAGCUCACUACUAUUUUGGAGGACUAUGAACGUCAUCUUCGUGAGCAUGCCUCUGCUACGGCCGAUUUGGUGCCAACUGCUAAUCACACUCAGCGUGCUCGCAGUGACCGCCAUGGUGAUCGCGGUGAUCGUGGUGGUAUGUUCAAUCGUGCAGGUGGUUUUGGUCAGUCUCGUGGGGGUCAUCAUGCACGAGGCUCCUCUCUUGGCGGUAAUCGUGGUGGUCUCUAUUGCCGGUUUUGUGACCUUCCUAGUCAUGACACACGGUUCUGUCGUAAACUCCAACGCUUUCUACGGGAGAAUAAUGUUACCAUAACUCCGCCGAAUACCAACAACCCUACUGCUCAUGUCACCGUCUCCAAUGGUGAUCUUGGACAAUCGAAUGCCCAAUGGAUUGUUGAUAGUGGUGCGUCCCAUCAUGUGGCAACUGAUCCUAAUUCACUCAACACACUCAUGGAAUAUGAAGGACCGGAUGAAAUUCGUUUGGUUAUGCCGUACUAAUCAUGUUUCGGUUGAAUUUUUCUCUG